AUCCGCAACACUACCUAUUGAUCGUUCUAUCACGUAUUCUCAAGGUAUUGGGCGUACGAGCUUGUUCCUCUGGCGAUAAUACUCUGGUAUAUGUUCUUUUCAUCUUUUGGAACAGCUUCCGUGGGUUUAUGCCAUACAUUUCGGUUUCAUGACAUUUCAAACAUCGGCAGUUGCAUCUCGAGUGUCGAGAAAGAUACGCCCAAGUUGCGCCGACUUCCUAACACUGCAUGUCCUUCGAAACGCCUUGAAAAUGCAAUUCAUUAUCAGGCAUGCGCACGGUAUCCACGACGUCAAUCACAGAUGCGGGUGUCAUCAAUAAGGACUCUUUGACAUAAAUGCGAUCUCAGUGUCCAACUGUGCAUUUCUGCCCCUUCUUUAUCCACCAUGUCCUUUGCGACUCAAUUCAUCCUCAGUGCUGUAUGUCUAUUAGUCGCGGUCAGAUUAUGGCUGCGAAAACGGACGAACAUACCCCGUGUAGGCGGACCUGGUCCACAUGGCUAUAUUUGGACUGCCCUGCGAUCCGUUUUCGACUGCAACAGCGUUGUUGAAGAAGGGUGCAGACAGUUUGAUGGAAAGCCGUUUGUGCUUCCUACCUUAGGCGGUGACAUGGUAGUUCUGGGUCCGGAUAAUGUGGAACUACUUCGCAAGUCGGAUGACUCAUUCAAUGCGCCGGAACGUGCCCAACAGUUAUUCCAGAUUAAUCUUCAGUUUGGCGAUUUCGCAAGUAACCCGUAUCAUCUUGAAACAAUCCUGCGCUCCGACUUGACGAAAGCACUCAAGUCUUUGACACCAGACUUACUCGAGGAGGCACAACUGGCGAUACCCGAAACUUUGGGAAUGAAAGGAUCAGAAUCUGUCACUGUCCCGCUCUUCGAUACUAUGGUGAAUCUCUUGGGUCGUGUGAGCAAUCGUGCAAUGAUUGGUCUUCCCGGUUGCCGCGACCAACGAUUUCUCAAACAACAAGUCAAGUUGGCCACGACGGUUAUAUCACUUGCUCAAUUUCUGAACUGGUUUCCCGAGUUUCUGAAACCUGUCAUUUACAAAAUAGUCUCCUUGUUUAUAGGCGGCACCCGUGCUGUCGUUCCCCUCCUUACGCCACACCUUCAGUCGCGUAUAGACUACGCACAACAGGAUAAUCCGCAAACAAUCACCGACAUCUUGCUCAAGUUCACGCCUGAAGAGGAUAUCGUGAAUCCAGAAAGGCUCGCCGUUCGAGUUGCACAUCUUAACAUGGCAUCCAUACACACUUCUGCGAUUUUUACUACGCAUGCCUUGUUCGAGUUGGCCCUCUUUACACCGGCACAAAUGAAAGAAAUUCGAGACGAGAUCACUGCUGCCAUUGAUGAGGAGGGAGGCGUAUGCAACAAGAAUGCAGUGGGGAAAAUGUACAAGUUGGAUUCGUUGCUCAAAGAAAUUGGACGAUGGCAUCCUCUCUUUGCUGUCGGGAUGUCCAGAGUCACCCUCAGCGACGCGGUUAUUGCAGAUGGGACGGUGAUCCCAAAAGGAAGCGUCGUUGCUAUAGCCCCCAAGGUCGUGCAUUACAGCCCUGAGAUUUACGACCAUCCGGAGGAUUUUGAUCCCUUCCGUUUCUCGAAGAUGCGGCAGUCUGCCGGAGGCAAUGAGAGUAAACACGCCUUCACUGCGCUCAGUAGUGACUAUCUAUUAUUUGGGACGGGGCGAGUUUUACAUCCAACAAGAUUAUGCGUUCUCGCUGACAUCAUGAUGAAGGAAACAUGCAUGUCCUGGAAGAUUCUUUGCCGCUCUGAAGAUCAAAGUUAUCUUGGCCGAGAUACUUCUGAACUACGAUGUUUCUUAUCCACAAGGCAAGGCCGAGAGACCGAAGGGGAUGCCUUUCAACCUCUUCACCACUCCCAAUCCUUUCGCGAAGUUGAUCUUCACUCGGAGGAAAUGCUGAGUGUUUGGGGCUUUUGUCGUUUGUAGGAUGAUAUGAAUCAUAUUCUAUUUAUACUCUACUGGCUCUCAUCGACAUUCAUGUCUACAUUCAAGCUUUCAAGAUGCGUCUUCACAAAGCAGUGGAUUUCUGCUCUCUGCAUCAUUUUCUUCUGCAUACCGACCGUUCGCUGUCACAUGCACACACGCCACUCACUCCCGGAUAGCCAUAUCGCGGACAACGCCAUCAAUGGUGACUUGACACUGGCACUGUCAUAAGCGGAUAUGGUCAGCCAUUGGCGACGCCUAGUGGCAACACGAACCACAUGCCGGCGGGUGUAAGUGUAUGGAACGACCCCAGUCGGUGACUGGGAUACGAGUAAGAAGAUAAUGAGUGGUAUUCAUUGAUAAUUGAUGCACAAGGUUUAAGACGGUUCAACCAGCGUUAGCUAUGUACUGGGAGUGUUCAAAAUCAAAGAGUCUCAAUGUGCGG